GAGACAAAAUGGCAGUGAGACGAAGCUAACUGCCUGGCUAGUGUAAACAUCCACCAACAGGAACCUGGAGCUGGAGCAACGAUAAGGUUUCCCGACAUCUUUUUUCACACUGUGAAUGAGAGUUCUCCUUAACUUUGGUGAAGGAUGAUGAGCCAGCGGCGUGGGAUCCAUCUGGACCAAUCAGAGCUGCUUUGCAAGAAAGGAUGUGGUUUUUAUGGCAACAAUGCUUGGCAGGGCCUGUGCUCGAAGUGCUGGCGAGAGGAAAAUCAGCGAGAAAAGCAAAAACAGAUUCAAGAAGACUGGGCACUCGCUGAGAGGCUGCAGAGAGAGGAAGAGGAAGCAUAUGCAAGCAGACAUCAGAAGGCCCAAUCACAGUCUACCAUCACACCCUUCAGCAAGUUUGAGGAAAGAAAAACUAAGGAAAAGUCCAGCAAGGUCCACACAGUCACAAAGUUUUUUACUCCUUCCACUAAAACACCACCAAAAAAAGAUGCUUCUCCUUUUGAUGCACAGUCCAGCCCAAGCCCCAGCUCCUCUGCAAGCCGGCAUUCCUCUGUGGACAGUGACCAUGCAACGCGAGAGUUCAUUGAUUUUCUCAAGCCACUGAAGUCUGGCAGGGAGAUCUUCAAACAGUGCCGGGCCUUCACAGAGAGCAUGGUCUACAAGCGGGACAUGGGUGCUGAUGAGCUGUCAGAGUGUGUGCAGGACUUUUACCAGAACCUCUCAGACCGCCUCCAGACCCAGUUCAAAGGUUCGUCAGAUCAUGUGGAGAGCGUUAUGGAUGAAGUAGAGAAGUACAUGAUGACUCGUCUCUACAAGGAAGUCUUCUGUCCUGAGACCACAGAUGACGAGAAGAAAGACCUGGCCAUUCAGAAGAGAAUCAGAGCCUUGCAUUGGGUCACCAUUGAGAUGCUGUGUGUUCCUGUAGAUGAGGAGAUCCCUGAGGUGUCUGAUAGUGUAGUCAAAGCUAUCACAGAUGUGAUUGAAAUGGAUUCGAAGCGCGUGCCUAAGGACAAGCUGGCGUGCAUCACUCGCUGCAGCAAGCACAUCUUCAACGCCAUCAAAAUCAGCAAGAAAGAGGCUGCGUCUGCGGAUGACUUCCUCCCCACGCUCAUCUACAUUGUGCUGAAAGCAAACCCUCCGAGACUGCAGUCCAACAUCCAAUAUAUCACCCGCUUCUGCAACCCCAGCAGACUCAUGACUGGAGAGGAUGGUUACUACUUCACUAAUCUGUGCUGUGCGGUGGCCUUCAUCGAGAAGCUGGACGGCCAGUCUCUGAACCUAAGCUCUGAGGAGUUUGAGCUCUACAUGUCAGGCCAGGCAUCCCCCCACUGGCCACAGGCCACUGAAGCUUCCUCCUGCUCCCCAGGCAGCGCAGCUCUCAAUCAGGUCCACAAACGGCUGGACCUGCUAACAGGGCUUGGGGAAAGGCAGGAGCGGGUCAUGGAGAAGGCCCGGCAGCUGGAGAGCGACCUCAUCGACUGGACGGACGAAGUGGAGCAGAAGGUGCAGAGUGCUCUGGAGAGCUUUCCACCAGAGACCCAAAACCCCACUGCAACCACAGCUAGUGGGACAACAUCCGCAGCAUCAUCAGCAAUCGACGCUGAUAACGUUGAGAAUGAGCUCCUGCCCCCGCCACUGCAGCCGCAAGUGUUUGCUGGUUGAUGGGAAGAGUUCUGCUCUAAACAAAAAUCCUCCAGAGGCUUUACUCCACACUCCUUCUCUCCCCUGCUGUUAAACUUUGCUGUCUGUAUGCAUACACAGCAGCCAUCUGAUAUGGAUCAUUUCCACUCCAUCCAUUGUCCUAGAGACCCUGAAACUACACUGAACAGUAACACCAAUACAGAAUUAAAGGAAAGGUUUGGUAGUUUGGGAAGCACAUGUAUUCACUUUCUUGUAGAGAGUUAGGUGAGAAGAUUAGUAACAACUCUCAUCUCUGUUUAAUAAAUCCAAAGAUGCAGCCAGUUAGCUUAGUUUAGCAUUAAGGCAUGAAGCAGUCAGCCUUGCUCUGUCCAAAGCUCACAACUGAAGAAAUAAUAUCGUGUAUGUUUAUUACAUGCAACAACUGAAGCAUGAAAACGAUGAGCUACUUGUCACUUUCUGAGUUUUAGAGGUGCUCGUAGUUAAAUUUUGUGCCUGUGGACACAGGCAGGCUGGCUGUUUUCCCCCUGCUUUCCGUCUUUAUGCUAAGCUAAGAUAAGAUAAACUUCUCCUGCCUUCCGCUGCAUAUUUAACGGACAUCCCUGUGAGUGCCAUCUAUCAUCUCAUGUGACUCAGCAAGAAAGCAAAUAAGUGUGUUUCCCAGAGAGGUUAACAGAGGCCAACAAAAGUGCAACAUCUGCUCUCACAUUCUGCUGUAACAGUUUCAGUGUAGGUUCGGGAUAGGCAGAUUGGUGCCGUUGACCCAGCCAUAUCUUUUUUCCAAGGCUAUUUGGGAAUCGCGCCCAACCCCAGCGUGCUCUGACUAUUGCGUCCUCCAAGCGAGAUGUGCCGGGAAACCUUCCACUGAGUGGCGUCCAGGAGGCGUCCUGAUAUGAUGCCCAGACCACCUCAACUGGCUCCUUUAAUGCUAAAGAGCAGACUGACUCCACUCCAAGUUCUUCCCAAACACAUCUGUUGGUCACCCACGAUGGCAUCUUCAGUACCUCAAUCCUUCUUCGUCCUUGUUACCGUUGUUAGAUUUCUGCAGAUGGGAUAAAUGGUGAUUUUUAAACAUGUUCCUCACAUCUUUUCAGACAAGGAUUUUGUUACUAUAUCGUAAUGACUCCAGGUGUAAAUUUACUAGUGGAACCUCAGCUUGACAUGCAGGACUUUAAUGCCCCAAGUAUAAAAUAAAGAACUAGCAUUCUUAGUUAAAAAAAAAAAAAUCUGGGGAAAGGAAAUUGAGAAAUCUGAAUAAUGGAAACUUAACUUCCUCACACUAAAAUAACCCUGCAGCUCAUGCUCAUGAUUUGUGCCGUAUUUACUGUGUAUUUCACUGUCCUGCUGAGAAACAUCUGGAAAGAAAGCGAUGUGCGUGUGUUGCGGUUCUGCAUGCAGACAAGUGCAUCUGAAUGUGAGGGUGUGUUGCAUGGACAUGUUCCGUUAAUGUCGAUGAGUCAUAAGUCCUCCAGUUGUGUGUGUGUGGAUGUUGUAGUCUCGUUUUCAUGCCAGACGUCUCUCUCCAGUCAUAAGCUGGAUGUACAGAAGUGAUUUUAUUUUUCUAUAGAGUGGCAGGUAUCAAUUCUUUUGGAUGCAAUAGGAGAUAUUAAUCCUGUAAUAUUUACAGUAGUAAAGAAUAUUGCUUGAAGACAUGUUACACAAAUUCUAAUGAUUGAAUAGUCAAAAUUACAUGCAUUUGUUAAUUUAUCGUCUCGAGAGGGUGUCAUAAGUAUGUCCCAUCAAAAAAGAAAAUGUGUUUGUAGAUGUUUUUUUUUUUUUCUCUCUCUCUCUGUUGGAUUAAAGUAGGUAAAAAAAAAGACAAAGAUGCUGUUAUCACGUAAACACAAGACAAAAGAAUCACUCCUUAGGCCAGCUGCUUUACUAGUGCAGAAGACUCCACAUAACACAACCUAUUCAUUUCUUUUGAAGCACUUUUUUCUUUGUUUGAUUUUAAAGCUCUGAAUACAGAAGUGCAUUUUUAUGAAGGAAGAAUAAUUGAUGAAAACAGUGUUAUGGGCUGUUGCCACAGAGACGUUUUUCAACUGUCUCUGUAUUUGAUGUCGUGGAACAAAUGUUUGGGAGAGUCGUAUGUUUGUUUUCUUUUGCUCAAGAGCUAAUAUUUCCUUGUGUUGCAGAUUUAAAUUUUUUUUAUUUGCAGAAGUAUAGUCAGUGUGCAGUUGCUGUCCAGCUUUAGUUUGAGAAAGGACUCUUAAAGCAAACUUAAACAAUAGCUUGAACUAUUUCAUGUUGCACUGUAUGCAGAAGCCAUUUAUCAGGUAUUUUAAAGAAGUUUAAAACAUCAUCUUUGUAACCUUAUAGGUUUGUUAUUGUAUAAUUUGGGACAAUUUAACUCAAUACUGUACUUUUAUUUAAAUGUAACUUAUUUGGACAGUAUUGGUUUAUUUGCAUCUAUGGGUGUGUGAUGAUGAUUAAUAAAAAUUGAAAAUGC